AAAGGAAGAAGGAAAGGAAGACAGUCAAGUGACAGAACUUUUUUCUGGAAAUUUCCACCAUGACCGUGUUAGAUAACAGGAGGAACUGUUGCUGGUUUGGCUGUAUUGUAUUCUGUAUACAUACAGUUCUUUCUGGAAAAAACGAAACGAGUACUUUAUCACCCCCUUUGUUAGAAGAAUGGAAGAUUCUCUACUACAAGCUGCCAAUUACCGUUGUGGUGAUCAUCUUUUUAGCCAGUACUUCCAUUCUUGUGUCACGUCUAGUAGACAGAGUCUAUAAUACUUACAAAGACAACUGGGCUAUACGCGAAGACGUCGCUGAUGUGAACUAUCAAACAAAAGAACUGAUUAGAAACAAAAUGAAAGUCAAUGCUGAGACAAACACCGACGAUUCUGGAGUUACCAACGUUUGGCUAAAGAAAUACAUAAAUCUUUGGAUGCAACGUGUUGCCGAGAAAAAGCGCACUGAAAGAGUUUCCAAUGUCAUCACAUCGCAGCAUAGGAAGAGCGUAUCGGUGGCUGGCACGUCAGAAAUGAUGGAACCAGAUGUUAUCUCUCAUGUUGUCGUGAUUGAAGUUGGAUCUAGUCGAUGUCCUUCGAACAGCGACCUUAAAGCAACUGGAUAUAUAUAA